CCGGAAGCCACAGGAGUAAUACGUGUCAGGGAGGUCAUCAGAUAUCGACAAAUGAACCUUUAGAGCCAUGAAAGUUACAUUGUUUUUCGUCGUUGUCUGCGCUUUUAUUGGUCUGAUCUACAGCGAGGACUGCAGGGAUGAUAGUGACUGUACCCACGUGACAUGUGACAGUUCCUCGAGACUUGCCUGCUCCCAUGGACAAUGCACCUGUCUGGUCGCAGCCAAUGCUGGUUCCUGCUUUUCAGCCACGUGUUCUGCCCGCGCCGACUGUGACAGCUGCCAGUGCAGACAAACCCAUACAGACCGUCACUGCUUUGACGGCCACUGUCUUUGUGGACGUGGUGCUUUUGGACCUGGUGGACCUGGCGUAGGCAAAUAAAGAUGGAGAGCUCCCAUGGAAAUGUAUCAUGUGGAUACAUACAUGAACAGAUGUAAAAUAAUUGUCAACACGAUAAAUAUAUAUACCCAUGUAAAAUAAACCAGUUUAUACAUUU